AUGGCCAAGUUUGUCAGCCGGUGUCUGCUUGUCUGUCUGCUUGUGUUCACUACUGGUAUCGCGGCUGCGCCAGUGGCUCACAGUUCUGGCGGCGCAGAACACAUUGUCAUCCUCGACAAGAGUCUGCCAACUCCACCAAAAGUCGCAGAGAUUCUGGCCCGGUUGGACUUGCACGAGGAGCAUUCCGACGUACGAUAUGUCUUCAACAACAGUGCUUUCAUUGGGUUUGCAGCUUCGAUGAACUCGCACUGCCUGGAUCUACUAGCGAACAUGACAGAAGUGUCUACCAUCGAGCAAGCUGUGGCCUUGAGCAGAAGUGCGGUCGCUUCUACCAGACCGAACGCUCCUUGGGGACUCCAACGCAUCUCCAACCGUUUGGCUGCUGACGGUAGUCCAUCUGCCAUGCAAUACACCUACUCAUUCGUAGACCCAACACUGGGGGCGAAAUCAGAUAUCUACAUCAUCGACAGUGGCAUCUUCGAGGCUCACAACGUCUUCAACGGCCGUGCAAAGAUGCUGUGGUCCCACAACGGGGAUAUGGAGGAUAAUGACGGUCAUGGGACGCACGUCGCAGGGACGGCUGCAGGUGACAUCCUCGGCGUUGCUUCCAACGCGAGGCUCUAUGGCAUCAAAGCUCUUGAUUCCGAUGGCGGUGGACUUAGUUCCAGCGUCAUCGCCGGCAUUAAUUACGUUGUCAAUCGACACGACAAUCGCAAAGCAGCAGGAGAUGAAUUUGCCGGCUCGGUGAUUUCCAUGUCUCUGGCCUCAAAAUCACCGGUAGAGGCAAUCAACUUUGCUGUCAAAGCYGCUGUUGCAAACGGCAUACAUGUCUGUGUCGCAGCUGGCAACAAUGGCGGCGAUGCCUGUAAGUCCUCCCCUGCUUCGGCAGGUGGAUUGGCUGGCACAGCAAUCUCAGUCGGCGCUGUGGACAUCCAUGAUCAGCGCGCUAGCUUCUCGAACCAUGGCGAUUGUGUCGACAUCUACGCUCCCKGCGUAGGCAUCGUUAGCAGUUGGAUUGGUGAAAAUAACAUGGUGAACUCGCUCUCAGGGAGCAGCAUGUCUGCGCCCCAUGUCACAGGUAUAAUAGCAUAUGCUAUGGCCAACCAGACGCUCGCCGACGAUCCAGGACUGAUGAAGGAAUGGCUUCUCGCCGCGGCUUUGCCUUUGAGCGAUGGAACACUCUUGGCCAACAAUGGCGUGCAAACAGGUUGA